UUUCAUAUUUUGCCGGAAUUUUCAAAACAAUGUUGAAAUUUUAAAAAGGAGCCUUCUUUUUUUGUUCCCCAUGUCAGUGCUAUUCUGAUACCUAUCUGGAUUCUUCUUUCUUUCACCUCCUUGGCUUGGGAGUUGUGAUCUUUUUCAAUGCUUUUUUUGGGGGAGGGGUAGGUCAGAUAAAAAAGUAUUCUUAGCAUCUGGCAUAUAGCAUCCUCUUAGAUUUGACAGAUACAUGUAUUUGUGUGUAUAGAGAAUCCUACAUACAUAAUUACAUAUUUGUGUUACGUGCUCUGAGUGUUUCUGAGAAGCCUGGGUAGAUGGUGAUGCUGUGAAUAGAAACUGAGACCACAGGAGGAACAGGAGGUUUGGAAAAUGAUAUCUACUGAUAGCCACAAGGAUACUGAAGCUCAGACCAGGAUCUUCUCAAAGGGUUUCCUUUUGCAGGAUGGGACAGAACUCACUUGUUUUAACAUGUGAGACAUGAGAUUGAAUUGACAGCAAACUCAAUGUGAGUCAACACUAAGAUGUAGGUGCCAAAAAUAAUUAUAAGGCUUGAGUCGCAUGCGCCCAAGUGUAGGAGAUGAGGAUAAUCACUGCUGCCUGGAAGCCUGUUACGUGGCUGGCGCUAUGCUAGCUGCUCUCACACACAUGACUUACUUUGUUUGCAUGACAGUUCGAAGUGUCAUGAUUCUCCCAGAGAGCGGAACAGAAGCUUAGUACCUAGAACGAGGCAGAGCAGGGCACAUGCCACAGUUUUUAUGAAGUGUAGGUGAACUGAUUGAUAAACCCAGAUGUGGUCUGAUAUGGUAUGGUUAACAGUCAGGGAGCCAAUCACUGUGUUGUAUUAUGGUUAACUUAAGGAACUGAAAUUUUAAAAAUUAUAUUUGGAGGACUGUUCCCUGCGAGGGCAAAAACAACCAAUCUACUGCUGUGCUAUUACCCACUUGCAAGAUUUCGGUUGUCAUCUGUAUGCCAAUAAUCCUAAACAUUCAUAUCUCCAGUCUGAGCUUCCCCUGGGUAUCCUGUAGACAGGCAGCUCACAUUCAGUCCCAGGGCUGAGAGUUUCCCAAAGACCUCUUGGUAAGCACUAAAUGCAAUCAUUACGGAAUAAUUUUAAUUACUAUUUUAACACAAUUUACUGAGUGCUUAUUAUGGACCAGCCACUGGACUAAAUGUUUUGUAUUCAUUACGAAAUGAAUAGUUGAAUUUUCCCACUAAUCUUACAAAGUAUAUAUUAUCCCUAUUUUGUAGAUGAUAAAACUGAAAUGAUAAAACUGAGUCAGUAAAUGGUUAGAGUUGGGUUCAGACCCCAGGUUUAUUUGGCUGUAAGUGUAAGUGUGACUUCCCCAAAGUCCUCCAAUUCCCUUUAACUCUGUUUCAGACUUUUUCAACUCCAUUCGCACCUGAUUUCUUCUUUCUCUUAGAUCACCAUCAGUCAUGUUUGUGUGCGUCAAGAACUUUUAUUUUCAUAUUGAGAUAACAAAAUUUAUAUUUAAAAAUAUUUAUGUUUAUGAUUUUAUAUUUAUUUAACAAAUGUAUUUAACAAAAUUUAGCACUUAAUAUGUGAUAAAUACUGUCCUAACUGCUUUACCCAUGUUAGCUCAAUCCUCACAACAGUCCUAUGAGUAGGUGUAUUGGUGUCCUAGGGCUGCCAUAACAAAUUGCCGCAAGAGAAAUUAAUUUUUCACAGUGUUUCUUAAAGGCAGAAGUCUGAAAUCAAUGUGUCCUUAAUACCGUACUCACUCCAAUGGCUGUAGGGGAGGAUCCUUCCUGCCUAUUUCGGCUUAGGUGGCUCCCAGCAUUCCUCAGCUUGGAAUGCAUAGCUCCGGUCAUUGCCUACAUCUUCACACACCCUUCUCCUCUGUGUCUUUCCCCUUCUAUUCUUUUGUAAGGACACUUGUCAUCGGAUUUAGGACCCACCCUAAUCCAGAGUGAUUUUAUCCCAAGAUCCUUAACUUAAUUACACCUGCAAAGACCCUUUUUACAAAUAGGAUCACAUUGACGGAGUCUAGGUAAACGUAUCUUUGGAGGAGGGUACCCAUUCAAAUCAUUGCAGUAGAUGUGACUAUUGGCUUCAUUUUACAGAUCAGGAAAAGGACACAGAGAGGUUAAGUAACUUCCCUUAGGUCUCACAGCUAGUGAGCAGCACAGCCAUUUUCUCCUCUUACCAACUCCCAGGGCCUUUGAUCGUUCAUUUCAAGGUCUCAUCUGCAGGCAUGAAUCUCACCCAGAUAUCUGCAACAUUUGCUAUUGGCACUCAGCCCAGCCACUGGACUGGUUCUUAUUUUAUACAGGUGACCUCCAAACAUGGACCUGCGUACCUAGUCAAGCUGCGGAACCCCUGGGGAAGAGUGGAAUGGAAAGGAGACUGGAGUGACAGCUCAAGUACGUGCGAGCUACUGAGCCUCAAGGAGAAGAUUCUGCUGCUGAGGAAAGAUGAUGAUGGGGAAUUCUGGAUGACACUGCAGGACUUUAAAGCACAUUUCAUGCUUCUGGUCAUCUGUAAACUGAGCCCAGGCCUGCUGAGUCAGGAGGUGGUCCAGAAGUGGUCGUACACCAUGCUGGAGGGGAGAUGGGAGAAAGGGACCACGGCUGGUGGUCCGACAAAGUCACCCCGAGACACAUUUUGGAAGAACCCUAAGUUCCUGCUGUCGGUCUGGAGGCCCCAGGAGGGCAGGAGGUUCCAGAUGCCUUGUAGUGUGCUGGUGUCCCUGCUCCGGAAGCCCAGGCACAGGCACCGCAACAAGAAGCCUCACCUCGCCAUUGGCUUCUACCUCUUCAGGGUAGAUGAGCAAGAGGCUGCUUUCACUGAGAUGACACGGAAUAUCCAGUUGAUCUGUAUGGGAGAUGGCUGGUGGGUUCCAGCAAAGGUGCCCGUCCUCUACCCACAGAGCUAUGAUGACCAGAGGAGACUGCCUCCCAAGUUCUUCUGGGAAAAUGCUCCCCUGAAUUGGCCUGAGACGUUUCUCAGAGAGAAGGAGGUGAGUCGGGAGCUGUGGCUGGAGCCUGGGACAUACGUCAUUGUGCCCUGCACAUCUGAGUCCUGCCAGGAGUCUGAGUUUGUCCUCAGAGUCUUCUCCAGGAAGCGCGUCUUUUAUGAAAUUGGCCGCAAUUCAAGUGUCAUCUUCCCUAAGGAGACUAGACCAAAUGGAGGGCAGGAUGAAUUCUUCACCCAACUCUUUGAAAAGCAUCCAGAAAUAAAGGCAGUCCAACUGCAGAAGAUCCUGAACCACAUGCCCUGGGAAGGUCUAAGGAGCGAACAGCCUCUCUUCAGCCUCGAGGCCUGCCAGGGGAUCCUGGCCCUACUGGAUCUUAAUGCGUCUGGCACCAUGAGUAUCCAGGAAUUCAGGGACCCAUGGAAGCAGCUGAUGCUCUAUCAGGAGGUUUUCCACAAGCAAGACACUAACUGCUCAGGAUGCCUGAACUGGGCCCAGCUGCGGGCUGCCAUGAGGGACACAGGAAUCGCGCUCAGUGAUGACGUCUGCCAGCUGAUGCUCAUCCGCUACGGUAGCCCUGACCUCCAGAUGGCCUUCGUCAGCUUUGUCCGCUUGAUGCUGCAUGUGGAGAACAUGCAGGACGUCUUCCAAAACUUGACCCAAGAUGGCAAAGGGAUAUACCUCCAGAAGCCAGAAGUAAGACCUUCUCCACGGGGUCGAUUCAUGUCAUCUUAGGGAGCAGUGGCCGUUGCCGGUUCAGGGGCUUGUGAAGGAGAAGGGUUCUGAGUGCCCUUCGUUCUGCUGAGUGCAUGAUGGAGCACUGUAUUCAGUGCACUUAUUCA